GUGGCCCUCACGUAGCGCACACAACGCCGUGUGUCGCCCGCAGGUCCCGCUGUGCCCGAGUGUGUGACAGACGUGAGCACCGCCAGUGCUGUAUCGGGUGGCCCCGCGGGCUGUACUAGUGUGACGUGUUGGCCCGUGCCGUGUACAGUGACACCACUACUUGCCAUCACCAUACCAUUUUGUACACAGUGACAACUUUUAGUGAGACCAUAUCUACUAGUGUCAUGUACCAAGUCUGCUAUUAACUGCUGCCUCUACUUGUGCGCUUGGAAUUCGUGAAGGUGGCUGCGUCUGAGGGUGGUUCGGGCCCGGAGGUGGGCGGCGGGUGGCAGGGUGCAGGCGCCGUGGGCGGUUGGGGAGGUUUCACAGUGGCUCCUCACCCUCUCCUGGGUAGCAUGGCGGCGCCAGGCCCUGACGCCCAGGGCGGCGCAGGGGGCGAGAACCCUGGAAAGGACAUGGCUGCCCUACACAACCUGCAGUCCAUGGACUGGCUCUUCAAGAAGGAACGAAUCUUCCUGCUGGCACAGUUCUGGCAACAGAGAGCAACGUUAGCGGAAAACGAAGUCCACACACUAAAGGAACAGCUCGAUUCGAUCAAGUGUCAGAAGGGCGUAAAGGAGAGCAACAAUAACAAUAAUAACAACAACAACAACAUCAAUAGCACAAACUCCAACCAUAACAUAAACAAAAGCACAAACACAGAAUCCAACAAUGACGUUGUGGACUCCUCAGAAGGGAGCACAGAGAGGACGGGGAGGAGCACACCUGUCGAAGAUAUUAUUCAGUCCAAAGAGAAAGAGGUUCGAGGAGCCGCAUCCUCAAGUUCGGCGUCGGCUCUAUCGCUAAUGGAAGCUGCGGAAGUGUCCAAGCUCGUGGAGGAUAUCUCCCGCCUCCAAGCCGCUCUCUCCGGCGUGAAGGAAGCCACAGCUGCCCAGAUGCACGCCAUGGAAGAACAGCUGGAGGAGAAGAACAGACUCAUUCAGCGCCUGGAACUCAAGCUUCAGGACUCCAGCCUCGAUGAAGCCAAGAGAGAUCUACAGAGCAUACGAGAAGGUCGGAUGGUGCCCGAAGGCCUCAGUCUACCACCCAGGUCCUUGGAGAGUCUGCUGGUGGACAGGUCGAAGUCCGAACACGAUAAAAUUCCCACCUCGGAGUUCGGUAAGCAGUUUCACGAUGUCUAUGGUCCUCUUCCACCCAUGAGCCACUCGCAUCUCCACCCACCUCUUAGGCCACACCUGCCGCCUCCGCUGGCACCUCCGCCCAUGGCAUCCCCUCUCCAGCCUCUAGCUCCUCACCCUCCGCCGGGCACGCCGCUCCACCACCUCCUGGGUGAAGAGUGGCGGAGGUCGCUCGAAAGGUCAGCGCUAGAUCGCCAUCACCUAAACUCAGGUCAAAUGUCGCCCGACAGCGGCGGAGGGCCCGUCGAGCGGUCCGACUCGAGGGAAUCGCCCAUCGGCGACGUGAGCAUGAAGAGCCCGAGCUCGAUGGCCAACGGCUUCCCCCACGAGACGAAGAGCCCCUUCCAGCCCAGGGACGACCGGUCACCCUUCAAGGACGAGAUGCCCUCAAUGGCCUUCAAGUUCGAGGACCGGAUCACUGGAGAAUCACUCAUUCCGAAGGGAGAUCCCAUGGAAGCUAGGCUUCAGGAAAUUCUAAGGUUCAACAUGGAGAAGUUCUGCCAGCAGAGCCUGGACACGCUGUGCCUGGCCCGGCGCGUGCGCGAACUCCUCUCCAUCCACAACAUCGGACAGCGCCUCUUCGCAAAAUAUAUCCUGGGGCUCUCGCAGGGCACCGUCUCGGAGCUCCUGUCCAAGCCAAAGAGUUGGGACAAACUGACUGAGAAAGGCCGCGACUCUUACCGCAAGAUGCACGCUUGGGCCACCGACGACAACGCCGUCUACCUCCUCAAGUCUCUCAUCCCCAAGAAAGCGUGCCGUAGGAAACCUGAAACAGGCCUGACGCUUAAUGGUCUCCUGACAGGUACGCACAAGGACUCCAGCGGAGCUUUCCGGGGCCCCGAUGACAGUGUGACGGAGGAGAGAAUCCAACAUAUCCUGACCGAAGCCUCUCGCGCCAUGACCUCCUCGACGGCCACCAGCCAGGCGGGCCAGCAGGACCAGGACUCUCGUAGCACGGACUCCAAGUCUCCCGCCAGCUCCACGCACUCCCCCAGUAGCCCGCUGUCCCGGGGAGAUUCACGGUCGCGGAUCCGCAAAUACGACAACGACGACAUCCCGCAAGAGAAGGUGGCAAGAAUCUACCAGGAGGAACUUGUCAAGCUCAUGUCAAGGCCUCAGGAGCCCCAACUCCCGCUCCCGCGAGACCCCCAGUACCCGGGGAUCCUGUUCCCCUUCCUGGGCCAGUCGCUGCUGUUCAACAGAUCCCACGAGGAGGUGAAACUCGCCCUCGACGCCUACCACCAGGAGCUGAGCAAGCUUCAGGGAAAUGCUGCCGUCACAGGCAUGGGCCUCGGCGCGGUUGGCCUAGGCAUAGGCGGCGGCGGAGGCCUCGGUGUAGGCGUCGGAGGUCCCUCGCUAGGCAUGGGCGUGGGACUCGGUGCGGGCGGCCUACACAACGGCGCCCAAGACCUGACGAUGCCCAAGCGCGAGCAGAGGAACGGAGACGAGGAGGAGGAAGGACGCAACCCGAGCGUCACCUCCCCCUUCGGACCCAGCAGAUCCAAGGCCGAGACCAAUCUCAGCUCGGCCACCACGCCUCUGAGCAACCUUGUAACUCCCAUCACCUCCAUCGCAGCGACCAGUGGGGACGACCUCAGCGUGUCGGCGUCGCCCCUUCAGCGCAUGGCGUCCAUCACCAACUCGCUCAUGACGGGGCCGCCCAUUUCCACCGGCUCUCCCCUGACUCAGAAGCCCCUGAAGGCCGUCCUGCCGCCCAUCACACAGCAGCAGUUCGACCAGUACAGCAACAUGAACACGGAAGAGAUCGUCAAGAAGGUGAAAGAACAGCUGAGUCAGUACAGCAUCUCUCAGCGACUGUUCGGGGAAUCUGUUCUCGGGCUGUCCCAGGGCUCCGUCUCCGACCUCCUGGCUAGACCCAAACCAUGGCACAUGUUGACACAGAAGGGCCGAGAGCCUUUCAUCAGGAUGAAGAUGUUCCUUGAGGACGAGAACGCCGUGCACAAGCUGGUGGCUUCGCAGUACAAGAUUGCCCCCGAGAAGCUGAUGAGGACCGGAGGAUACACAGCCCCUCCCCUGUAUUUAGUCGGUGGUUGUCCACUACCCGGUGGGUUAGCUGCCCCAGGGUGUCUCCCAGGGGGGUUGUCCACUUCUGGCUCACCUACCCUUCCAUCAUAUACAACAGGGACCAGCAAACCACACCACAUGAAGCUUCCUGCAGACAUCCCGAAGAGCAUGGAGUCGCCUCUUCCUCCCGUGGGGAUUCCCCCGUCCCUCGGCGGCCUUCCACUUCCUUCGCAUCCCAUGUCCUUUGACGCCAGGAUGCCGAUUCUAGACCCUCUAAGGAAGGCUGGGGUAGGCGGGCCGCGCGCCCCUGGACCAGCAGCUCCGUCAGUGUAUGAGAUGGCUGCCCUCACACAGGACCUUGACACACAGGUCAUCACCACCAAGAUCAAGGAGGCUCUCCUUGCAAACAAUAUUGGCCAGAAGUUGUUUGGCGAAGCAGUGCUGGGCUUGUCUCAAGGUUCAGUGUCUGAGCUGCUCAGCAAGCCCAAGCCAUGGCACAUGCUCAGCAUCAAGGGACGCGAACCUUUCAUCCGCAUGCAACUGUGGCUCAACGAUCCUCGAAAUCUUGAAAAACUUCAACUCCUGAAGAACGAACGACGAGAAGCCAGCAAGCGACGACGCGCGCUGGACCCGACGGCCGAAGUAUCCCAAGACUCCCAAGAUAUAUUCCAGGCACCUUCUCCUGGUGGAUCAUCCAAGAAGCAACGGGUUUUGUUCUCAGAAGAGCAGAAGGAGGCCCUGCGCCUGGCCUUUGCACUAGACCCCUACCCGAAUCUGGCAACCAUCGAGUUCCUGGCACAAGAACUCCAGCUCUCCACACGCACAAUCACAAAUUGGUUCCACAACCACCGAAUGCGACUCAAGCACCCGAGCAGCCCCGGUGGAGGAAGCUCACCCAACCGUGAAAUUCAGCAGCCACCAGCAAGCCAUCCACAAGGCCAGGGACAGAGUUUCGACCCCAUUCACUUCCGCCUCCUGCUCUCGCAGCGACUGAUGGAACUGAGGAAGGAGAAGGGCCUGCCGCCAACGCUACCUGGCCUCGGCCCUGGCCUGCCUCCAGGUCUGUUCUCGCACUUCCCACACCUGGGUCAGCAGGAGCUGGGCAAUCCCCGCCUGGGUCUUGACCUUUCUAUGAAGGGAGAAAAUGACUACGACGAUGCUUCACUUGUUGACGAGGAUUCCAACAUGUCCGGUGCCAUGAGUCCAAGUGGAGGAGGACGUUCUGAAGGGGAAGACGGUGAUCGUGACGGCCGAGGAGCCCCCUCUCCCCUUCCACGGACCUCUCGACGGAAGCCCGCUGCCCCACAGUGGGUAAACCCAUCGUGGGCAUCAGGUGAGGGAGGUAAGGAGCGAGAGGUUAUUAUAAACGGCGUGUGUGUCAUGCAGACAGAUGACUAUCGUCUAAGGGAACAGGAAACAGUGCGCAUUGAACCAACUCCAGUCGAUGAAGCCAACCGCAACCGCUCUUUGAAGGAGGAACAGGAGGACGAGAACGAGGAGGAGCAACAGCCAGCCUCCACACACCCACCUUCCCCGCGGCCAGACACACUGACAGAGCCAGUCACAUUGCAGGAGGAGGAAUCCUCUACCUUGCAGGAAGAGCCAACGCCCAGUCAAGAGGCUGUCAAGGAGGAGACGGACGAGGUUGAGGAGGAAGAGGCGUGAUGCUAGCAUCUGCCUAAAACGACGCUUUUGGAUUCCAGAGUUUAUCCCGUUGUUCUUAGCGUGUUAUUGUUCGUGCAUUAUACCAAAUGUUUCGUCCUAUCGGCAAGUGGCGAGCUUCGCUAGGUUGGAUGAUGAUGCCAAGGCGCUGUGUCGCCGGAGAACCACGUGGAAUCUCUUAGGCACAUUGUGGGCCUUUAAAAUCACAAUUUAGACUCUCAAGUCAUAAGUCCUACAAAAUGUCAACCUCUGUUAUUUUAUUAUGAAAUGUUCGUGUGUUUUACUUGUUAACUUGUCUAAAGAUUUGUAUAUAUUUCCCAAGUUUUUGAUCAAGCUCCCCUUAGGUUAGGUUACUUCAGGUAUUUAGAAUGCCAUAACGCUGAACUGUUCUCUGCUUGUUGCCGAUGUGACAGUGGUGGGAACUUUGCGCAGUGCUUAUCGCGCAAGGACUAUACUUGACCCCUGAUGGAAGGCGGUCUCUGAAAAGAAAAGCAAAAAAAAAAAAAUAUUAAUAAAUAAAUAAAACACGGACGUGAUCGAACAAGUGAAAUGGUCGAACCCCUGACCUUGCAAAGAUGUAUGCCCAUAUGAAAUAAUGAUAUUCAUGAGAUUUUUCCGGUGAACCCUUCAUUGACCAAAUAGUACAGAGUAGAACCAAAUAGUACCCCUCUUUCCCCGAGUGAGACUAGCAAGUAACCAUUAAAAAUAUUUCUAAGAACUGUGGCUUGGGUACUGAUAAAUCUCCCCGCAUGACCCAGCACACGUAUGUUCGAGACUGUUAGUUCUAGUCUUUUAUUUCUCAACUAAUUUCACUUUUUCAUUGUUCAAUCAAUAAAUAAUGUUAAAAAGAAAUGUCCAUCUAGUCCAUGGAUUCAGCAUCGGUCAUCCAAGAUUAAUGUGAUCUCUCGCAGCCCUUCAUAAUGUGUUGAAGUGAAUCUAAUCCGCUGGCUUCAGAGUGCAAAGAAAUGUGCAAAGAAAUUCCAAACGGCAACAGAAACUAGCCCCGUAUGAACCCCGAGACAAGCCAUGUUCCGGCACUUACCGUGUAUAUAGUUGGCCAAUGAAUGAUCGAUGCACACGGAGGAAAAUGUCAGCAGAAGGAUAACCUUAAACCCCAUUGGUCUAUUUCUAUACAUAUAUUCCCUUAAGAUGAUUGGCCCUAGUUAUAUAGGAGACCCACAAUUGGCUUUGUUAAGGGUUGGACACUUUUGUGCCCGGGGACUUCCGUACGGCCAGUCAAGAGCGCGUAAGACAUGGGCAUUACUGACAAAAAAUAAAAUGGUAAAUAAAAAAAUACAUAUUAGCGUGUCCUAAUACGUGUCCGGAUACGCAAUAGUCGUGACUACAAGAGGGGCAUGUUUGAGCUUAAGUUGUUAUUGGUUGUAGGGUUUAAGAAAGAAAACUGGUGUUAGUGUGCAGAGUAUUCAGGUAAUCGAGUGAAAUUUAUUACUAUUUGUAUUUUAUUCGUUUUAAUAUUCGGCCUGUACUUUUGUGUUUAUUACAAAAUGUAAGAAAAAUAAUGAUGAUAUGGUGAUGGCCUACUCGAGAUCGUCUGUGACAAUCAACAAAAUGAUGAAUUCAGAAACGUUUUGACCUUCAUUAAAAGUCGUGAUUUCAACUUUCACGGAUAUAUUUUUUCCCAGCUUCUGAGAGAAUCAUCUGGACAUCUGACUAAUAGUAAGUUCAAACAUUACAGUAUUCGGUGUCUGUACCACUACACAUUCCAAACACGUAAAAGAGAGAGGAAAAAUAACAUAAAUCAUACAAAUGACAUAAUCCAUUUGCUAUUAUAACAUUAAUUCUAAAUCGCUUAUACCACUAAAAAAAUACGGCUAAUAGUAGAGUACUUGAACACAUCACUCUCCCUCACAGUAGAGUCCGUCGUGGGCCCUGCUCGCCUAUACCCCCGCUCCCUCCCUACCCUAGAGGGGGAAGGGGUGGGGGAAGGGGGAGGGAUCACGGCUCCGAGAACUAUUGUGGUGGAUGGAGAGUGACAUUUGAGAUGGUCUUCCUCGCCAAACGAUUUGUUCAAAUUUUCCAUGUGACCGGUAAUGGUAAUUGUGUCGCCGGAGACUUUUUAUCUCUGGGAGAGAUUUUCUUUUCCUUUUUCAUGUCGCUUUUUGUCGUUCAUAAAACGCCACAGGGUCCGUGUUUACAUGUAGUUUUUUUUAAGCCUUUAGAUCAUUAUUAGAAUUCGGUUUUUGAUGUUGACAUCCAGCUGUAAAUUAUAUACGUAAUUGCUAAUAUAUGUACGCAUAUACACGUGUACGGAUGUAUCAGUAUACAGACGUACUGUCGCCGAAGUGCUUUCUUACGUCAUAUCGAAGCACAGCGGAUAAACUCAAUUACCGUGAUUAGAUUAUUACAAAUUUUUCCUCGUUACAAACGGUCUAACUGGCUUGACUUCGUUCGACAAUCUGCCCCCCCCCCCUCCUCCCAACCUUUCCUUCGACAGGAAAGAGGGAAUUAUAAGAAUACCUCAAUACUACAAUUUUUAACAAAGGGACAAGUUCCGCUCGCUGAUCAGCCAUAGGCAUUCGGCCAUAGAAACAUUUAGAGAGCAGGGACAACGCAUAAAAACGAAUUUGUGUGAAAAUCAAAAUCCAUUUCUUUUAUUCACUUUUCCCCGGAUAGAAUUUUAAACGCGCGCAAUCACAUCCAAACGACACUGCUUCACUUCAGACUAGACAUCCUUUCAGUAGCAUAUUUUUGUUAUUCAUACUUCCCGAACUUGCAAAAAAAAAAAAAAAAAAGAAAGAAAAAAAGUAAUGUCUUUAUCGAUGGCCAGUGAACCGAAUCCCGUGUUUGUUCGCAAGUAUGACGCGUUGAUAUGCUAAUUUUGCUUGGCUACAUCCAUCCCAUAUUUAUGGAUGUGGAAUCAAGCUUACAUAAGUGAUUUAUGUUUUCCAUUUGUAGUGGGAAUGAGAGUUAUCCUGAAUGACGCGCUGCUAACCUGGGGUAACGAUCUGAUGCAAAUUUUGAUUCGAAAUAUGAUAUGAUUUGCAUUUUUGGUUCUCUCUCCUUUUUUUUCUAUUUUUCUUUUUUUUUUCAUUUUCGAGAAAAAUAGCUUCACACAAUACGGGACGAGAUUACUUGUUUCUGAACUCGAGGUGGCAGGAUCCAUAUCUGUUUAGCUGAAAGACGAUCCCAUGAAAAGUAUGAGUUUAAAUCUGUGAAUAACUUCAUUAGAAUUAUUAUUAUUAUUAUUAUUAUUAUUAUUAUCAUCAUCGUUAUGAUUAUGAUUACUAUUGUUAUUAUCACCACAAAUAAUAAUUUUAUUACCAUUGUUGUUGUUAAUAUCAUUAUUUUUUUAUUAUUAUUAUUAUUAUCAUUAUUAUUAUCCAUUGAUAUUUUCGCCCAUUUACCAUAAAUUAGUAGCAUUACCUGAAUACGUCUCACGUUAUCAACAGCAUGAUGUUUGUUUAAGUAGGAAAUUGUUUUUGUAUAUUAAGUUGUUCGUUGGUAGAAGCCGCGCCGGCGUGAGACCCGGUGUGUUGACAGUGCAAGUUACCGGUGAGCGGCGUCUGAUGACGUCAUGGUGACAUAAGUCUCCCCCGGUUAUGUCCUCAAUCUGUUUUGUUGUUUAAGGUACUUGUACCAUAAAAGUCACCCAGUUUUUAAAAGUACCCAUAAAAUUCUAUUCGUUGAUUUUUCACAUAUAUAUAGUUGUCCUGGAGAGAGCGUGGUUGAUGAUGAUGACAUGUAGUGACUAUCAAGCGGACGAGGUUCACAGAGGUGCUGCAACAUGAACUCUAUAGUGGAAGUGAAUGACAAAUCGACAGGGCUUUCCAUAAGGCUAAUAUCUCGUUGUAGAGCGUAAGGAAUAAGACUUUAAGCUAAUUCUGGAUUUCCUAUGGGUCACGUGUGAGGCGUCCUGUGAGCGCCGAGUCACAGGUGAGGUUGUAAUCCCACGAGAAAAAUCUAAAUCAUGUGGGGAAAAGAUAUAGGAUUUCCCUCCCAGUGGAAGCAGAUGUUGCAUGUAAAUUAUUAUAUAUUUACCCUGAAAGUAAUAUUUCUUUUUUUCUUUCUUUUUUUAUUCGAAUGUUUCUCCUUCUUGUUGUACUUGAAGAUAGUUAAUCUGAACGGUGAUCUCGCCAGGUGUCGGUCAGAGCUCAAAAGACCCGAUUCUCUGUGGGUUGGAACGAGCGUCUGUGAGCGACAGUCUGUGAAACGUCUGUGCAUUUCCCAUUCAUCGCAGGGAUAGUCCAGCUAGGUGUGAUCUGAAGCGUGAAAGCUGCUAUGAAAUGACGAAUAAAACUGUGGCUGAGCUAAGCGUUCUGAAAUACACAAAGCGAUACCAAGUUUCACCAUAAAGGUUUGGUGACUGACAAGAAAUAGUUAAACGAUUUAGCAGUUGUUGAUUUCGUCAGAUACAUCUCGAUAAUCACAAGUUUUUAUUUAUCAACUGUACUUCCAUAAGUAGCUGUGGUAUUAUAGUUCUAACCCAUCAGACUCAUUAAGGGUCAUUUUCCUUUUCCAAGAAAUAGGGAAAAUGGCCAAGUAGGACUAUCAUACCUGCACCUUCAAGUAAUACUGGACGGUUAUUUUUUUCAUUUUUUCUGGUCACCGGCCACAUCCCUGUCGAAUUAAUGAGAUUAUCCUGCCUUAUAUGAACAAACCUCAGUCUUGCAAUUUGUGCAAUCCAUGUUUUGCAAAAGGCAACCUAAUGCGGGAUGGAGAGGCGGAGGUGGCGUACCCCUGAGUCUCGCCACCACUUAGUGUGCGUAAUCGACGUUAGUCAAGAGGAAGGAAGCGAUUAAUUCAUUAUGCUCACUCCCGGGCCGGCUGUGCUGCUAGGGGGUACGUACCUCCAUAUACAGUCCAACAAAAUACUUGGUAACAAGUUAAUCAAUGUGUAUGAUACGUGGUUGGCAAAGUGGAGUCUUAAAGGCGCUUCAUAAUGAAGAUCAUUUAAUGAUUUAAAAUGUAAGUAAUGAUGGGACUUCCCUGCACUGCGGCAUAAGACACCAAGUUGCCUGCUAUGUUUCAUUUAUUAUUGCAAAGUUGUGAACGGAACGGUGUGGCUAGAUCAGUGGUAGUGAGGAGCAUUUCAUUUUAUCUACAUAAGGAACCUUAAUCUCAGCGUUGUGAGAUGGGAUUACCAGCUCUAUAGAAGGAUUAGUUAAGACAGAAAACCCACUGAUGUACUCACAUCCGUCGACGUAUAGGACACAAUCUGUACAAACUUGGUCUCGGUUUACAACUUUUCAAAAAUAACAGACCGAAUGGAAACCAUUUUUUACAAAGACAAUCAAUGAUUUUCCCCCAUUUCACACAAUCUGUCCUCAUGGUUAUAAGUAUAUAAAGCAUAAUAAGCGAUUGCAUCAUCAACUGAUAUGUAAAUUGGGAUCUGGUUUGAGAUUUGAUUGAUCCAACAAAGUUCAUGUCUUUUGUUUACCUAAAAUGAGCUUGACGAAAAGGUGGAUCAAACCUCAAUAUCGUUCCCUGUAUAUCGACCUUUCCAGAUCUCCUGGCAUAAAGCUGGCACAGCGCUGGAUCAACAAAUAUAUAUAUUUAUGAAUUAGAAGUUUCUGUGUAUAUUCUUUUUCCCCUUAAAUUCUAAGACUAUGUGUAACGAUCAGGUUAGGACAUCCAGCGCUGUUCAUUAUCAGUCAUUAAGGAUCACAUUAAAAAGAUUGUUUGUGAUUAAUUGUGUGGUUUUUUGUGCCUUCUUUGUUUCUUUGUUUUUGUUAGAUUGUUUGUCUCCAGAUAGCCACUCUGUAAUCCUGUCUGACACAGAAAUUCUGAAAGAAGUUAGUCUGUCUGUCGAAAAAAAAUGAAUUUUAUUAUGAUUAGCUCACCGAAGUUUUUUAGAAUCCUGUGUAGUGUCCUUUUAGACAAUAUUUCAUUCCAAUAUUAUUCCAAAACCUCGUGAGUUAAAUAGUGGAUGAAGUGUGGUGUGUUGAACCAUAACAAACCUUAGAUGUGGGUGUCAAUAAAUGCGUUUUUCCUACCUACAAAAAGUGAAAAUUGUCUUUAUUGAACUAUUAAACAGAGGUUUUGAUCGAGCGUUCCGGCCACGUGCAUUGAUGGAUCCCCCUUGACAUACGCCUGAGAAUGCAACAGCAUCAUUCUCUUCCCAUGAUUGUAGAAAAAAUGACUACUAUCGGCAUAAAAAAUCGAAGACUCUUUGGCCGUACCAAAUGUGUGUAUAUAUAUAAAUAUUAGUGACUGCAAACUGCCCAAAAAAACGACGAGUUUCGCCAGGAAAAAAAAAAAAUGUGUGUAAUCACUAAUGGUAUGUUUUUAAAAAUAGGGAAACGAAUGCUAACACAAAAGAGCAAUGUCUAAAAAUAAUGACCAGUAAUCAUGGUGUACGCAUGAUACGAGAGCAAACUCCGAAAAGCAAAAGUAAGGGAAUUUCUGUGAAAGGGAGGGAGACGCGAGGUGGCCGCGUGUGGUAUAUCGACGUUCAUGGGCUUGAGAGAAUCUGUUGUGCCAAUUGCCAAGUUUCUUCUUCUGUGUCAUCAAUAAGGGUCAGUAUGGCAUUUAUCUAUUGAGCAUUUACGCCCUUAUCUACUUAUACUUACAGUCACAAGAUAGGUAGACCCCACCACCUUAGUGUAUAUACUGUAUGCCUCAUACUCUGUACGUGUAUGCUUGCUGCAGUGUAUUCACUAAUCCGUAUACAUUGCUAGUAUACAUCCCAUCCUGCAAGAAAAUUUUGCAUUGUAAGAUUUUAAAUUAAGUUUAAUAUUAUUGUACAUAAGAUAUUCAUAUCAGUCUGUAUGUCUUUUGAGAUUUCUAAAUUAAAACUAUUUGUCUGUAUUUAUACAGAAAA